CGCCCAAGCAGAGCGCUUUUUCGGAGCUGCUGUGGAUAGUCGUGCUUGCUUCCACUGGUUCGAGGCGCCCCUUUCCUCUCCCAAGCGAAGCGCCGAGGCCAACCCGCCCGCCCUCUUACCGCACUCGGGCGCUCUCGUUGCGCAGCAUGUCGGUCGAGCUGGAGGAAGCCGACCUGCCCCUGACAGAGGCGGAGGAGGCGCCGCUGGCUGCCGAGAAGAAAGGCGCCGCCAAGAAAGCCAAGGCGGGCGGCGCGUCCCUCUCGCCCUCCAAGAAGAAGAAGAACAGCAAGAAGAAGAACCAGCCGGGCAAAUACAGCCAGCUGGUGGUGGAGACAAUCCGCAAGCUGGGCGAGCGCAACGGCUCCUCGCUAGCCAAGAUCUACAACGAGGCCAAGAAGGUGGCCUGGUUCGACCAGCAGAACGGGCGCACCUACCUCAAGUACUCCAUCAAGGCGCUGGUGCAGAACGACACCCUGCUGCAGGUGAAGGGCACCGGCGCCAACGGCUCCUUCAAGCUCAAUAGGAAGAAGCUGGAGGGGGCGGGCGAGGGGGGGCCCGCCGCCGCCGGCGCCUCCCACGCCAAAGCCCUCAAGAAGACGGCGACCGUGGCCGCCUCGGCUUCGCGCAGGGCGGAGAAGAAGCCAGUCGCCAAGAGCAAGAAGCCCGAGAAGAAGUCGCACAAGAAGGGCGCCGCCGGUGGGGCGGCCAAGAAAGAGAAGGGCAAGGGCAAGAAAGCGGCCAAGAAGAGCGCCGCCUCGCCCAGCGCCAAGAAGGUGAAGAAGUCCGCGAAGCCCAAGGCGCUCAAGAGCAGGAAGGCGUGAAGGGCCGGCCAGGGGGCGCGGGGAGCUAGAAAAGCCCCCGAGCCGCCCGGCACUUGGCGCAGGAGCAGGGCGGACCCCUUUGGCCCCCGCCCGGGACU